CUCAUCUCUAUCACUGCCUGAAUCAUACCACCUCAUCAAAACUUGCCUUACUGAACGAGUGAAUUAUCAUUCAAUUAUAGCCACUGGCGCCCACACCACUAGCCAUCAUGAACAAUCCCGAGCAGACCCAGAACCCUACACCAAACCAGAGCACCCGCCGUCGAAGCUCUGGCUUCAUGCCUGCCUUUGAGGGCCUCUCCCAACAUCAUCAAAAUGCAAACAACAGCGCUCGGCGCCAGAGCAUGACCGACCAACAAUCCAAGCCGGGCAUCUUUGGCCAGCUCUUCCACAAUACGCUUGGGAGGAAUGCCAAGUAAUAAACUGCAAACCCAUUUGUCAUAUUCCAUCCAUUUUGUACCUUUCGCAUCGACGGAUUACUUUCACGUCCUCAAAUUCUUGAUUGCAUUUGCGUAUCUUCCCCUCAGGAUGCCUCGCGCAUCGGAGUUUCAUCAAUUGUGACAGCCGCGGAGUUAGGCCGGCAGACAGAAUGAGCUCAGUGUAAAGAUAAAUGAUAAUAAAUAUUGUUAAGCAAAGACUGCACGCUGUGAGACCGACGCCCGUCUCUA